AUGCAUGCACCAUGUGAGCAACAUUUGUCUGCUGUGAAACGUAUACUCAGAUAUUUAAAUGGCACCCUAGACUAUGGACUUGUUCUAUCUAAAAAGGAGUUGCCUUUUCAGCUUCUUGCAUUUGCAGAUGUUGAUUGGGCAAGUAUUGUGGAUGAUCGAAGAUCAAUCUCAGGCAAUUGCGUAUAUCUUGUUGGUAAUAUAAUCACAUGGAGUUCCAAGAAGCAGAAGACAGUGUCCAGAUCUACAACUGAAGCUGAGUAUAGAAGCUUAGUUGAUGCAUCCUCUGAUGCUACAUGGGUAGCCACAUUACUUGACAGCAUGGGAAUUAAGCUGCAAGGCACACCUGUAAUCUGGAGUGAUAAUUCAAGUGUAAUUUCGAUGAGUGCAAAUCCAAUUUAUCACUCUAAAACUAAACAUGUGGAGUUGGAUGUGUAUUUCGUAAGGGAAAAGGUGGCAGCAAACAAAUUGAAGAUAAACUAUGUCCCUUCCUCGAAUCAAAUAGUUGAUGGCUUCACCAAGGCACUAUCAAAAGACUAUUUUCAUACAUUCAGACAAAGGUUGGGUGUCAUUUCAUUAAAAGAAGUUGAAGAUGGAAGAAGCACUGUUAUAGCUGUUAAACAGUUACUAAUUCUUGUAUAUAAAGAACUGCUAUCCUUCAUCAAGGUGAUUGUCGGUUCCUCAUCUGAAAUCAGGCCAACAUUGAUAAACGAAUCAAACCGAAGCCUGAUUUUAACCAUGGGAUUAAGUCUGGGUUCCGUUGCAAGCUUGUCUUUCAUGAUGGCGUUGUGCAGCUUCUUGCUAUACAGACAUAGAGUCAAAAGUUACGAGAAGCUUUCAGAAAAUACAAGUCGAGUUUUAACCGAGCAGUUUACACUACGAUCAUUCACUUUCAAUAAGCUAGAUGAAGCAACACAUUGCUUCGAUGAUGAGUUAGGUAGAGGCUCGUUCGGAGCAGUUUAUAAAGGAAUUUUGCCAGGGGAUGGUAAAAGUAUUGUGGUCAAGAGAUUGCCGAAAGUUAACGAAGGAGAAACGGAUCGUAUUCGAACCGAGAUGAUUGUCAUCGGAAGAACUAACCACAGGAACUUGGUUCGAUUGCUCGGUUUUUGUGUGGAGGAUUCAAAGAAGCUCCUUGUUUAUGAAUACUUGAGCAAUGGCUCACUGGCAGACUUUCUAUUCAACAUGAAUGGACGCCCAGUUUGGAAAGAGAGAACCAGAAUUGCAUUGGACAUGGCUAAAGGUAUUCUUUAUUUACAUGAAGAGUGUGAGGCGUGCAUCAUCCAUUGCAACCUCAAGCCCCACAACAUACUAUUGGAUGAUUCAUUGACUGCAAAGAUCUCGGAUUUCGGAUUUGCAAAGUUAUUGAGGCCUAAUCAUGCAAGAAGUACCACUGGGACCAAUGGGACAGAAUGGUACUCAGCACCCGAACGACAAAGCAGUGCAUCGGUAUCGAAAAAAGUUGAUAUAUACAGUUUUGGAGUGAUACUAUUGGAGAUCAUAUGUUGCAGAAGCAACAUAGAAGUACAAGUUUGUAGUGCAGACGAGAUACUGCUUUCAACAUGGGUAUACAAUUGCUUUGUUGGGGGAGAGUUGAACAAGCUUGUGGAAGGUGAAGAAGAGGUGGACAUGAGAAUGGUGGAAAUGUUUGUGAAGGUGGGGCUGUGGUGCAUUCAAGAUGAUCCAACUUUGCGUCCACUGAUGAAGAGUGUGACCUUGAUGCUGGAAGGAACAAUGAAUGUACCCAUCCCUCCAUCUCCAUCACUUCCCUUGUUACUACUUAGCUAA